AUGAAAAACGACGGACAUUUGAAGUCUGAUAGUUGCAAACAUGUGGCUCGACAAGCGAUUCAGCUAUGCCGGGUACAACAGAUGGCACAUUAUGGUCAAGUUUGGCCUCAAAGAAUUCCAUCUUACGAGGCGAUCCUUAAUGUUUUUAAUAGGCAUACCAUUGGCAUUCCGUACCGUUUCACUAACUGUUUCCCAAGUUAUAGUUAUUUCGUGAAGAAGGCGAAACAGUUUCCUAUUAUCACCUAUCCAUCUCCAUUCUCAAGGCCAUAUUGCUCCAAUAGCGAUUUGUGUCCCGACGUACUAUUGUCAUUUUAA